AUGGGUGCAUGCACAGGAAAAGGACCUAAAAGCGAGAAUAAUCCAUAAAAGGAGCUAAAUUAAAAACAACAAGACCCAAAUCUCAAAAGUCUUGAUAAUGGAUAAAACAAGGAUAAAAAAGUGUUUACUUCCUAAAAAACAUAAUUCAAAGUCAAUCCUUCUAUUUUUGUGACAUUAAAGAAAGGAGAUAUCUUAAACUACUAUAGAAUCGAUCAAACUUUAGGAGAAGGUUCGUAUGGAAAAGUCAGUUUAGUAACAUAAAAAGUUACUGGAUUACCUAGAGCUAUGAAGCAAAUUCGAAAGGACAAAAUUGAAUAAAAAGAUAACAUGAUACAAGAAGUCUCUAUACUAAAAGAAUUAGAUCAUCCUAAUAUUGUUAGUGUUUAUGAAUUAUAUGAAGAUGAAUAAUAUGUUUACAUCAUUACAGAAUAUCUAAGUGGAGGAGAAUUAUUUGAAAAAAUAAAUGAAAUCGAUCACUUUGAUGAAACUAUUGCAGCUGGUUAUAUGAGAAAAAUAUUGGAAGCUGUUAAUUAUUGUCAUAAUAAAAAUGUUGUUCAUCGGUAUUGUUGUCUAUUUGAUAAUAGUGAUCUAAAACCUGAGAAUAUAAUAUUUGAAUCGAGGAAAGUAAACUCAAGUUUGAAAAUUAUUGAUUUUGGAACAGCCAAAGAAUUACUGGAAAGCAAAAAAUUAUCACAACGAAUUGGCACUCCUUAUUAUAUUGCACCUGAAGUCAUUAAUAAAUAAUAUGAUAAAAAAUGCGAUGUUUGGUCCUGUGGAGUUAUUCUAUUUAUUAUGCUCUGUGGAUUUCCACCCUUUAAUGGCCAAUCCUAAUAAGAACUUUACCAAAGGAUUCAGGCAGGGGUUUACUCUUUUGAUGAACCUGAGUGGAAGGAAAUCUCUGAGGAUGCUAAAGAUUUGAUUAAGAAGAUGUUAAUUACUGAUCCAGACAAAAGGAUUUCGGCUCAAGAUGCCUUAUAACAUGAAUGGGUCAAAAUAACAUAAAAAGAGAAAAAACUUAAUCAUAAAUCACUUGAGAACUUAGCCAGAUUUCAUAGCUAUAGCAAAUUAAAAGCUGCGAUCAUGCAACUAAUCACUACUUAGGUCAUGACGAAUUAAGAAAAAAAAAAAAUGCAAAAAUAAUUUAAGAAAAUUGAUGUCAAUCAUGAUGGUACUUUAAGUCGAGAGGAACUACUCUAAUGUUACAGAGAAAUCUAUAAUGAUGAACUUAAGUGCCAUUAAAUUGUUGAUCAUCUAUUUGAGUAAGCAGAUGUCAAUGGAUCUAAUUAAAUUGACUAUUCAGAAUUUGUUAUCGCCUUUGCCAAAAAAGAAUAAAUUAUGGCAUAAAACAAAUUAGAAAAAGCCUUUAAACUAUUUGAUAAAGAUGGCAAUGGUCAAAUUAGUAAAUAGGAACUCUAGGAUAUUAUGGGUGGUGUCCAACUUAGUGAUAAUUAAUGGAGUAAUGUAUUUGGAGAACUUGAUUUAAAUGGAGACGGUGUUGUAACUCUACAAGAAUUUACUGAAAUGCUCAUUAAAGGGGCUAAUGAAUAAGAAUGA